AUGGACGAGCUCCUAGAGGAUCCGGUUUCCCGCCUUUUGCCGGAGCUCGUCGAGGAGGUGUUUUUCCGCAUUCCGCCGGACGAGCCCGCCUUCCUCGUCCGUGCCUCCGCCGUCUGCAAGCCCUGGCGCCGCAUCCUCGCCGGUUUGGGCUUUCGCCGCCGCUACCGCAAGUUCCACGGAACACCUCCCGUCCUGGGGCUCUUCCAACACGGCGACUGCCUACUUCGAAAGGGAUCCCGCUUCGUUCCCACCUCCGCCCUCUUCCUUGCCCAGCCCGACGACCGUCCCGAUUGGUUUGCAAUGGACUGCCGCCAUGGGCGCGCCCUCUUUGCUCACAUCCGGAACACCUCUGUCCUCAUGGUCUUGGACCCUGUGACGGGCCACCAGCGCCGCGUGCCCUCGACACCCAAGUACCUGCUCAGCUUCAGUGCGGCGGUGCUCUGCGCCGCACAAGGCUGCGACCACCACGGUUGCCAAGGAGGGCAUUUCCGUCUGGCCGUCGUGACCACCGAUCAGCGGCAAGGCGUCACAUCGGGCUGGCUGUACUCGUCGGAGACUCGCGUGUGGAGCGAGCUCACCUCCGUUCACCACCCCAAUGCCAGGUAUACCAAUAACUUUGGUGCGCCCAGCGUCCUUUUGGGCGAUGCACUCUACUUCAACAUUGGUGGCAUCGUGGAGUGCCAACUUGGCACACUCCGCUUGUCAAUGUUCGAGAAGCCGAUCAAUCGCGGUGGGCGUCUCAUGACGGUGGAAGAGGGCAGGCUGGGAUUCGCUGCCGUGGUUGACGUCACAAAUCUAACCCUAUGGUCGUGGGAGACCGGACCCGUGGGAGCCAUUGGAUGGGCAAAACUCAGGGUAAUUGAUCUCAAGACGCUGCUCCCAACAUGUGAGUUUGGGCUUAGGAGGUGGGCAAAUGCAUUGGUGGUCAGUGGCGUCGCGGAGGGCACCCAAGUCAUUUUUGUGAGAGCACGUGUUGGUUCUUAUAUGGUUCAUCUCAAGUCAGGGCGAGUCAAGCCGGUGUGUGCUUCUUCUGACAUAAAAAUAUUUCCCUACGUGAGCUUCUACAUCCCAGCAAUGGAAGCAGCUUGUUUUGGCAAGGGGCAGUGAGCUGGUGUUUCACGUCUUUCUCAAGCUCAAGUUAAUGGAGCAAGCUCUUGUGGAUUAGUCGGGAGGUGAUAGUAGUAGCGGUGAUGUUAGAUAUGGCACAAAUUCAGCUCUGGAGCUGUGUAGGGACUUUGUUUAGGAAGCUUUUGUUCUGUAGUAACUUUGUUUAGAUAUUUUAAGAAAGUUUUUGUACUGCUGGUCUUACUAUUGUUGUAUGGAACUUCG